AUGACAUCACCUAAAAAUAAGAAAUCAAUUGCAUCAAAAAAUGACAAUAACGAAUCAUUAUCAACUUCAAUUACUACUGCUUUAAAUAAUAAUGGGAAAUCUAACGAAACUAAAGAAAUUAAUAUUGAUGAAGAUACAGAUACAACAAAUAGCACUAACAAUAAUACAAGUCGUCGUAAUUCAAUAAAUAAAAAACAUCACCAUCAUCAUGAAAAACAUAAGAAGAAAAAGAAAAUACGGGAAUCAAGAAGGGUUAUGUUUAUAUUAGGAGCAUUAUUAGGAUUAGCUCUUACAAUAUUUUUUUCAACUAAUAAAGUCCUGUUUCCAGCUGAUUUAGAUGGGUUAGUUAAUUUUGAUCAUUUGAAUUCUUUAUUUGAUGAUUGGAAAAAUUGGAAAGAUAUUUUACCAAGUGGUAUGCAAUCAUAUUUACAAGAUGCUGAUAAUGCUGAUAAUACUUUACAUGGUUCAGCUGAUUCUUUUAGUGUUGGACAAAGAUUAAAAACUUCAAGAAAUUAUACUGCUAAAUAUAAUGUUGUUAUGGUUCCUGGUGUUAUAUCUACUGGAUUAGAAUCCUGGGGUACAUCAACAUCAGGAGAUUGUCCAUCAAUUGGAUAUUUUAGAAAAAGAUUAUGGGGAUCCUUUUUCAUGUUAAGAACUAUGAUUUUGGAUAAAGCAUGUUGGUUGAAAAAUAUUAAAUUGGAUGAAGAAACAGGACUAGAUCCUCCAAAUAUUAAAAUUAGAGCUGCUCAAGGUUUUGAAGCUGCUGAUUUUUUUAUGGCUGGUUAUUGGAUUUGGAAUAAAAUUUUACAAAAUUUAGCAGUUAUCGGGUAUAGUCCUGAUAAUAUGAUAUCUGCAGCUUAUGAUUGGAGAUUAACUUAUUUAGAUUUGGAGAAAAGAGAUGGAUUUUUCAGUAAAUUAAAAAUUCAAAUUGAAAUGACUAAAAAAACAACUGGUCAAAAAUCAGUUCUUGUUGGUCAUUCAAUGGGAUCACAAGUAAUUUUUUAUUUCUUAAAAUGGGUUGAAGCAAAUGGAUAUGGAAAUGGAGGAUCUAGUUGGGUUAAUAAUUAUAUUGAUUCAAUUGUUGAUAUUAGUGGUUCUAUGUUGGGAACUCCUAAAACAAUACCUGCUUUAAUUUCUGGAGAGAUGAAAGACACUGUUCAAUUAAACGCUUUAGCUGUUUAUGGAUUGGAACAAUUUUUUAGUAGAAGAGAAAGAGUUGAUUUAUUAAGAACAUUUGGAGGGGUAGCAAGUAUGUUUCCAAAGGGAGGUGAUCUUAUUUGGGGUAAUUUAACUCAAGCACCUGAUGAUCCAAUCAAUACAUUAGAAACAAAUGAUACAGAUGUUUCAACUCCAAGUAAUAAAAAUGGAAGUUUUGGAUCUUUUAUUAAAUAUAAACAAUCAGAUGGUUCUGAUCAUGAAGUUACAAUUGAUGAAAGUUUAAAAGAUUUACUUAAAAAUUCUCCAAAAUGGUAUUCAAAAAGAGUUGAAGAAAGUUAUAGUCAUGGUAUUGCCAAAACAACAAAAGAACUUAUAGCAAACAAUCAAAUUCCAAGAAAAUGGGUUAAUCCAUUAGAAGCAGCUUUACCAAACGCACCAGAUUUGAAAUAUUAUUGUUUUUAUGGAGUUGGAAAUCCCACUGAAAGAGCAUAUAGAUAUGUACCAGCUGAUAAAUCUACUAAAUUAGAUUAUGUUAUUGAUAGAGACUCUCCAGAUGGAGUUAGUUUAGGAGAUGGUGAUGGUACAGUAUCUUUAUUAACUCAUACAAUGUGUCAUGAAUGGCAAAAACCUGGUAAUAGAUAUAAUCCAGGGAAUAUAAAAGUUACAAUUGUUGAAAUUAAACAUGAACCAGAUAGAUUUGAUUUAAGAGGUGGUGCUAAAACAGCAGAACAUGUUGAUAUUUUGGGAAGUGCUGAAUUAAAUGAAUUAAUUUUGACAGUUGUUUCUGGUCACGGUGAUAAGAUUAAGAAUAGAUAUGUUAGUAAUUUGAGAGAGAUAGUUCAACAUCUAGAUAUUUAA